GGCGGGGGCGGGGACACGCAGUGCGCGCGGUGGGGGCGGAGCGGCGGUAGCUAGGCUGCUGAGUGGGAGCCCGCGGUGGGCUCCAGGUAAGCGAGACGCAGCGCAGUGCGGAACCCGCUGGUCGCCGCGGAGCCAUGGAGAUCGGCACCGAGAUCAGCCGCAAGAUCCGGAGUGCCAUUAAGGGGAAAUUGCAAGAAUUAGGAGCUUAUGUCGAUGAAGAACUUCCUGAUUACAUUAUGGUGAUGGUGGCCAACAAGAAAAGUCAGGACCAAAUGACAGAGGACCUGUCCCUGUUUCUAGGGAACAACACAAUUCGAUUCACCGUAUGGCUUCAUGGUGUAUUAGAUAAACUUCGCUCUGUUACAACUGAACCCUCUAGUCUAAAGUCUUCUGAUACCACCAUCUUUGAUAAUAAUGUGCCUUCAAACAAGAGCAGUUUCAGUCGGGGAGAUGAGAGAAGGCAUGAAGCUACAGUGCCUCCCCUUGCUAUUUCUAGCACUAGACCUGAGAAAAGAGAUUCCAGAGUUGCUACAAGUUCACAGGAGCAGAAAACAAAUAAUAUGAGACAGACUUAUGAUGAUGGAGCUGCAACCCGACUAAUGUCAACAGUGAAGCCUCUGAGGGAGCCAGCACCCUCUGAAGAUGUGAUUGAUAUUAAGCCGGAACCAGAUGACCUCAUUGAUGAAGACCUCAAUUUUGUGCAGGAGAAUCCUUUAUCUCAGAAAAAACCUACAGUGACACUUACAUAUGGUUCUUCUCGCCCUUCUAUUGAAAUUUAUCGACCACCCGCAAGCCGAAAUGCAGAGAGUGGCGCUCAUUUAAACAGGUUACAAUUUCAGCAGCAGCAAAGCAGUAUUCACGCUGCCAAGCAACUGGAUAUACAGAACAGUCGGGUGUAUGAAACGGGACAUUUAUGUGAACCAGAAGUGCUUAACAGCUUAGAAGAGACUUAUAGUCCCUUCUUCAGAAACAACUCUGAAAAAAUGAUCAUUGAGGAAGAAAAUUUUCGAAAGAGAAAGUUACCUGUGGUAAGUUCAGUUGUUAAAGUAAAAAAAUUCAAUCAUGAUGGAGAAGAGGAGGAGGAAGAUGACGAUUAUGGCUCCCGGACAGGAAGUGUGUCCAGCAGCGUCUCAGUGCCAGCAAAGCCGGAAAGGAGACCUUCUCUUCCACCUUCUAAACAAGCUAAUAAGAAUCUGAUUUUGAAGGCUAUAUCUGAAGCUCAAGAAUCUGUAACAAAAACAACCAACUAUUCUGCAGUCCCACAGAAACAGACACUUCCAGUUGCUCCCAGAACUCGAACAUCUCAAGAAGAAUUGCUGGCAGAAGUGGUCCAGGGGCAAAACAGGACCACCAGAGUUAGCUCCCCUAUUAAAGAAGAGGAAACAAAAGGAGAUAUUACAGAAAAAAAUCAAGGAACCCAACAGAGGCAGUUGUUAUCCCGACUGCAGAUUGACCCAGUAAUGGCAGAAACGCUGCAGAUCAGUCAAGAUUACUAUGACAUGGAAUCCAUGGUCCAUGCAGACACAAGAUCAUUUAUUCUGAAGAAACCAAAGCUGUCUGAGGAGAUAGUAGUGGCACCAAACCAAGAGUCGGGGAUGAAGACUGCAGAUACCCUUCGGGUACUUUCAGGACACCUUAUGCAGACACGAGAUCUUGUACAACCAGAUAAACCUGCAAGUCCCAAGUUUAUAGUGACGCUGGAUGGUGUCCCCAGCCCCCCAGGAUACAUGUCAGAUCAAGAGGAGGACAUUUGCUUUGAAGGAAUGAAACCCGUAAACCAAACUGCAGCCUCAAACAAGGGACUCAGAGGUCUCCUCCACCCACAGCAGCUGCAGUUGAUGAACAGGCAGCUGGGUGACCCAGAUGGUAGCUUUUCCUACGCAGAGAUGAGUGAACUGAGUGUGGCACAGAAACCAGAAAAGCUUUUGGAGCGCUGCAAGUACUGGCCUGGUUGUAAAAAUGGAGAUGAGUGUGCAUACCACCAUCCCAUUUCACCUUGCAAAGCCUUCCCUAAUUGUAAAUUUGCUGAAAAAUGUUUGUUUGUUCAUCCAAAUUGUAAAUAUGAUGCAAAAUGCACUAAACCAGAUUGUCCCUUCACUCAUAUCAAUAGAAGAAUUCCAGUACUGCCUCCAAAACCAGUUACAACACCAGCAUCUCCUUCUACCAGUCAGCUCUGCCGUUACUUCCCAGCUUGUAAGAAAAUGGAAUGUCCUUUCUAUCAUCCAAAACACUGUAGAUUUAACACUCAGUGUACAAGACCGGACUGCACAUUUUAUCAUCCUACCAUUACUGUACCGCCAAGACAUGCCUUGAAAUGGAUUCGACCUCAAACCAGCGAAUGAUAACCAGUCGUACCUGGCAGAAGAUCAUGCAGUUUGAAGGGUUCUACCUACUGAUGAAAGAUAAUCUACAGAACUUGUCAGAUCUUUGAAACUUGGAAUACAUUGCUUUCAUAAUACGAAGUUUAUUGCCUAUCUGAAGUGUCUGAUUUUUCAAGUUUGUAAUUUUAUUAUUGAGUGGUUUUAACAUUCGGUAUUUUCUUUUGUUGUUUUGUUUUUAGUAUGAAAAGACAGUUUAAAGGAGUAGCUACAUUCUGUUGAAACAUCCGAGGUGUGUUUAUACCCUGAUGUGUGAGUAUCAGCAUUUACACAGUAGAUGAUGGUGCUGCAGUUUAUUGGCUGCACCACUGUAGUGAGGCAGAAUCGAGCUCAAUGUUGAUGCUGCUGCUUUCACUUCUCCCAAAGAUGGUAUGAUGUUUGUAACAUACCUACCAUGAGAAUAGAAGUGGCUAAAAGUAUUGAGGCAGUUUAAAAUAGUCAUUCAGAUUCUUUUUAAUGUUUAGUUUGCAAAGCAUGAUAAUACAGGCAGUUUGAGUGCUACUUUGGUAAAAUUGUCCGUCAGUCCUGUGCCUUCUGUGAAAGGAGUGAGGUGGGCAUGCAGGGUGAAAACAGUUGCGAUGACAAGUGGAAAAAAAUAUGAACAACUCCUUAAAAUGUUUUCAUUUACUAUUAACAUACACUUUUAACAUUUGGGGGAGAACUACAUUAUCACAAAAUUAUACAAAACUUUUUACAAGUAUAUACAUAUAUAGUCCCACAUUCUGAAAAAUAACAUUCUCAGAAAUAACUGCACAGAAAAUAUACAAAGUUACUACUGAAGAUAAUUUUUGGAAUGUAAAAACUAGAUUUUAGUAUAUUUUAAAUGGCAGAACUAUAUAAUUAUAGAUCAGAUGGGUAAACAGAAUAGAAUGAAACUUGGCCUACCAUAUUAUGUAGUUUUGUGUGUUGUUUUUAAAACUUAAGGCAAGAAGUGUCAAAUGCUUUAGAAUUAAAUACCAACUGAUUUCAAAGACUUUAGUAAAGAGUAAUGCAAAAGGGAUAAUAAAGACUUAAACAUUUUAUAGGACCAAAUUAACUGUAACAAAAUUCAUUGCCUUGCUUAGUUAUAUAUCCAAAGGAUGGCUAAUAAACCCGUAUCUGUAAGAGUCCAUGUUUACAAUUAUAAAGUCAGCCUUAUAUUGUGGUCAUUGCCAUUCCAUUCAAGAAUCAGUCAUGAACCAUUUGGUAAGUUGCACUUGGCUGUCCUGAUCCCAAAGUAAAGACUUGAAAUACUGAAAGAACAAAGACAGCACACAGGGCAUAAAGCUACUAUGUCACAUUAGGCUGAAGUGAAAUGACAGUCCCAUUUCAUUCUACGUGUACUCCAUUGAAUUUAAGGCAUUAUUCAUUUCAGCGUUGAGAUGUUUUGCGUCUCUGCAGAAGAAAUUUGUUUUAAAUUGUUUAAAUUUUGGGGUGGGGAUUUAGCUCAGUGGUUCCACCGUCUGCCUUGCAAGCGCAAGGUCCUGAGUUCGAUCCCUGAUAACCCCUCCCCACAAAUUUCUAGAGAUUUUUAAGUAUCAUUAUAAAUGGUUUAUAGUUGUAGUCCCAUAGUUACAAUAUAAAGACCAUACAGUAAGUAGGGAACAAGGGCUUAAGUGGUUCAGUUCACCUUUUUUCACCCACACUGUUUUUUUUGGGGGGGCGGGUACCAGGGAUUGAACUCAGGUCCUUGCACUUGCGCACCAGGCAGUGAAACCGCUGAGCUAAAUCCCCGGACCCAGUUCACCUUUUUUUAAAACUAGGAAGUAACAUGCUAAAAAUCUGAGUCUGUUGUACCAUUUGACAUUGGCUGGAAACAGUUGCUGUGGUUUAUGGGUAAGCUAAUGCUGACCCUGAAACAUUUGAUGAAAAAAAUGGUCUAAAGUGAACCACCAUAAAGGAUCACAGGAAAGGAAGGGAAUGAGCAUGGUUGGCAAUAAUGCAGUGAGUGGUACCAGAGUGCACAGUGUGCUUUGGCAUGCAUUUGUCCACACAAAGCCAGUGGGACUUGGAAUGCCCAGCAGAUACAGGCUUUCAGUUCUGGGGCUUAGAUACUGGACACAAAAAUGAUUUUCUUCCUAAGGUUUAUAUAUAUAAAUCGAAUUCUGUAUGGUCUGUAUGUCAUGUUUCUUCACCUUGGUUGAUGGAUAACAAGGCAGUCAUACUAUGACUAAAGCAACAUGACCUUUAGUCAUGAAACUGACCACAGUGGUGAUUAAGGCUGACAUAAGUUGACCACUAUGAAUGAUAAAUUGCAGGGCAACCAGCUUUUACUACCUGCACUAUAAUGAAACUGAAAUAUUUCUGUAGCCAAAAGUUAGCAAACUUGACCCACAGGGAAAAUUUAAAACAGGCUGAAAUUUGGACUUUCAUGAGAGGGUGGUUCAUGGGCAUUUUUCCCUUUAACUUACUACUGCUUUAUAAAGUAUGCCGAAUAGAGAUUUGAUAUUACUGUGUUUUAAAAUACAGCUUAGUUCAGCAGCAUCCUUUGAUGUGAAUAAUGAUGGUAUAGUCUUAUGUUUCGAGCUUUUUGACUCCUUAAUUGAUCCUAUUGACACAGCUGUUCAGCUUUAAAACUGAUCUAGUUCAAUCACUACCAAGCUGUGAUACAAUUCACUUAUUGUCUGUUUAUAGUAUUUCCAAAGUGUUGGCCAUAGAAACUGUAUUUUAGGAAUUGUGAUGUGUUUUGUCAAACCAAACUGGUCAUUUCAGAAACUUGAGGAAUUAUGCUACAAAGAUUAACACAAUAAAAAUUGCUGCUCUUUUUUUUUUUUGGUA